CCAUUUAUCUGAGAGGCAUCGAGAACAAUGCGCGUAUGUAGGGCUCUCAAUGAACUAAAUGUAUGAAAUGCAAGGGAGAAUGGAGGGAGGAAACAAUGGGAAAGGGCGGGGGUGAUCCGGGUCCUGUGUAGGGGGAGGUUGUUUGAAGUUGCUCAGCCCUGAGGCUCUCUUCAGUCUCACUGUCCGCUCGUCGUCCUUUCCCUCCCCCUCGUCGUCAGACCCGUCCGCGAACGCUUCACACCCAUACUGUGUAAGCAGGUCUUCAUCCUUACCCAGCACCGCUCUUCACCGACGAACUUCGUCCCCUUGGACGCAUCAUCCGUGCUGCUCCUUUUGCUGUUAUCUGUCUCCACUUCCUCGUAACUUUCAGGCAUUUCCUGUGUCUCCUAGUCUUCUACUUUUCUAUCUUUCUUUCUUUGUUCUCUUCAUUCUCUCUCCCUGCGGGAAUUCUCGAUGGCAGCCACUGCAAGGCCUCCCAAACAGUCUAGGAAGGGCAUACCAGAUCCCUCUGCUCGUCGUCCUCAGGCUUGGGCGACCGGCGCAAGGGCCUCUCCGACGUUCUCUCCUGCUGGCUCAAAUGCACGGUUACCAAACGUUUCACAACCCGCAAGUCCCGGAUUCCCUCCUUUGGCGCAGACAAAUGGUGUUCCUCGCACAGACAGACCACAGGACCGUGUCCUGCAGCAACUUUCUGGUUUGACAGGUACGACUAUUACGCUUUCAACCAAGACCAAGCAACGCUACGAAGGUGUCAUCGCCUCGACAAGUGGCGAAGGCGACACUACCGGCGUUACCCUCAAAGACGUCAAGGAGCUUACUCAACCUGGAGCCCCCCUCAAGGACAUAUUCUUCAUUGCUUCCACCAACAUUGAAACAUGGUCUUCAGGACCAGCGGAUGCCAAGGCGCCGAAUGGCACCGACACCUUCAAGACUGACACCGAUAUCAGUCAGAAGAAUCUUCUGAGGCGAGAUCGUGAGCUACAGGCGUGGCAACCAUCCUCCCCCGAAGCUUCGACACAACCCCCUGCCCAGGCACCCAACGCAGGUCUUACCGACGAUCUGACGUUCGGACCUGGUGCUUCGUCGGGGAAGAUUUCAUGGGAUCAGUUCGACGUCAAUGAAAAACUCUUUGGCGUCAAGACCAGCUUUGACGAACAUGCAUAUACAACGCCUCUUAAUAGGGAUGCUCCAGAUUUUAAGGAGAAGGAGAAGAAGGCUCAGCAGUUGGCUAAUGAGAUCCUCGGGUCUACUGCCAACAACACCCAUAUAGCUGAGGAGCGAGUCAUGAACUUUACAGGGGAUAACAGUACGAACGAGGAAGACAAAUAUGGUGCCGUAGUCCGAGGGGCGAACGCAUAUGUUCCUCCUGGUGCACGCAAAACCAAUUCCGGCGGAGUCGUCUCUGUCAAAGAGGCAGUAGCAGCCAACGCUGCCAGCGGUGCGAAACCAGAAAUUCCCAAGCUCUCAGUGAACGCUCCAGAUGGAUCGACUGUGGCGGUCAACAGUGCCGCAUCUCCGGCGACGAAGCCUGCGGCGGAUGCUGUGCCUGCCUUCAGAGAGUUUGUAUCCAGCGAGAGGGAUAGGCUAAUGAAGAAGAGGCAAGCGUUGGUCAAGCACGAGAUGGAUAAGCGCAUGGCGGAACUUGUCAAGUUCAGCAAGACGUUCAAGCUCAACAAACCGAUUCCGGAUGAUCUUGUUCCUAUUCUAGCCAAGGACGAGGAGAAACAGAAGCAGAUCAAGGAGAAAUCCAGCAAGGACGCUGAGUCCACUCAGGCUCGUGCUAUCGGUCCUCUUACCACAACCGCAACCGCUGGUUCAAGUAACAAUAACAUUGGUGCCUCCGCCACAUCUACCAAACUUGCCCAACCCACACCCAGCUCAGCUAAACCACCCGCAGCUGUGCCUGACAUUGCUAAACAGGCAGCAUUAUCGGCAGCGAAGAGCUCUGUGGGGAUUGGGAAGAGCGCAAGUGGUGCGAAGACAGAUGCGAAGGGUGGAAGGAUUAGCAUGUUCAUCCAACCGAUCCCGCCGUUCAAGGGUAAGAGGGUGAGCGCGACACCAACUGGUGGAUCUAAUGCUGCCAAUGCGAACGCUGGAGCUAGUGGAAGUGCGGCUGCUGGUGCGACACCGAAUGCAUCGAGGACAAAUUCUGCUCAACAGGCUGUUUCUCCGUUAUCGCCUGCUGCUGCCAAUCGCUUGAAUGUUAACGCUUCGUCGUUCAGGCCGAAUGGCAAGGCUUUCUCUCCGGUUGGGUCUCCGAGUGUCAAUGGUGGUGCGUCUGCUUCGCCUAAGCCCAAGGAUUCUUCGACUUCGUCAACCCAGCCUACAACGCCAAACCCCUUCUUUGGGACUCGAGUGAUCAAGAAAGGUCCUGCUGUCUCGAUCAAGGACGAUUUCAAUCCAUUCAAACAUAACAAGUUUGCUGAUGCAGCCCAAGUUUCCGCUACGUGGCCAUAUAAUGGCAAGCGAUACAUGACAAUGUUCCCACCCAAUGUCCCCGUUCCCCCACCUCAGCCCCAACAAUCCUCUCCACACAUGGCUCAUCCCGGUCCCCCUCAGCCCAUGCCACCCCCCGAUCCAUACGACAACGAGGCUGCGGCGCAGGCUGCAGCGAGGGGUUACAUGUAUGCUUACCAGCCAUACGGCUAUCCUGGACAGAUGAUGCCUGGUAUGCCACCUCCGCCACCCGGCAUGUAUCCUGGUCCGUAUAUGCAGCCGAUGCCCUACCCACAUAUGCCUCCUCCUGGUGGUUGGUAUUCUCCGUCGUUCCUCAAGGAGAACGUCAUUGACGGUUUUACUGUAGCAAUGUAUCCGACUACCCCUAUGGGCCAAAUGCCUCCGCCAGGCUUUGGCAUGCCUCCCCCACCUCCCGGCACGUAUCCUCCUCCACCCAAUGGCGCUGGACCACGACCAUCGAUGCCACCUACUCCAAUUCCGUCUCAUGCUCACGCUCAUCCAUACUAUCAUCAAAGCCCCCAACUCCAACACGCCGUUCCCUACCCCAUGAUGAUGCCUCCUCCUCCUGGUGCUCCUGGAGUCCCUCAUCCAUACGAGGGUGCCCCCGCUCCACCUGUGCAAAUGGGCGGUGUCAAUCACGGGUGAAGCGGUUAUCUACAACCCGUGCCUACAGAAGGCUACGAACAGGGUACUGGGAACGUCACAUUCAUAUGGUGAUUGUGCUCAGUGGGGCAGUUGUGGCUUCGUUGGGUGUAAUUUACUUGUCUCGUUGUUACCGUGCUCUGUCUGUUGUCAUUCAUGGCUUAUGGUGUUGUACCGUCUUUGUUCUCUGUUGUCAAUUUUUGGUUGUCUUCUCUCCUUACUGUUGUCCGUCGCAACUUCCACUGCUGUGUUGACAUCCAAAAUGUUUUCUGCUAUACUCAGACGUAAAACCCAUAAAGUCAAAACUGGUGGUGUAAUAAAGGACGAACAUACGGUGUUUAAAAAAGGAGUGCGGUAGGUAUAAGUAUAACAUAGAAGUC